AUGGCCUCCAACAUCCUCACCCCUCGCGACACCAACGCGCAAGUCAAGCCUGUGUCUUCACCAGGGAAAGGAUUGGAAAACAAGGACACCAAGAGCCUUGACUAUCAUCGUCAAGUUCUGCAGUCGCGUCUUGGCAGCGAACCAGAGCAGAAGUUUGUUUCGCCGUCGGAUGAAAUCAUGAGCCCCGCUACACAGAAGUUGAAGGCUUUCAAGACCAAGCACGCCAUGAAGAAGUCGAAGCCACAGACGCUAUUUAAGAAGACAAGCUCGAAGAACUUCGAGUCGAGCAAGGGCAGCAGUACACUGAUGUUCGCCGAUAUUCCCAAGAGCAAUGCAAAGGAAGAGAGCGCUUAA